UUCUUUUUCUUUGAUUAUUUAAUGGAAGGUAAUAAAUUUCAUGACCCGGAGACACCGCCUCCCCUUGAUUUAGGAGCCAUUCAUCCUGUAUUCAGUCGACAUUUAUCGGAUCAAGAAACAGCUGUCAAUGACGAAGGAAAAAUAGAAGAUUUAGAUACUGGUGCUGCUCUCCAAGGACCUAGUCAUACUGACCAAGCACUUCAUUUGGUUGAUGCUGUUACCCGAGAAAAUGUACGUAGAAGACCUAGUAAGGCCGGUAUUCUAUCCAACCUGCUGAAACUCGAUAUUUUUGAAGAAAAAAGUCACCCACGACAACAGCAACAACAGCAGCAGGCAAGUAGUUCUCGGCCCACUCGACCUAUUCAUCAAUUACGAUCCAUUGUUUCAAGUCGGGCACUUUUACAGAGCAUGACAGCUUCUUCUUCAUUUCAAUCAUCUACUCGUAAUAGUGUCUAUAAUGAAGAAAACACAGUUCAUAGUAUGGCUGAACUUGGUAUGUUGAAAAAUGACGCACCAGCAGUAGCAGCACAUCGAAUGGCUAUUGCAUCAGAAAUUGCAGAUAUUCUUCAUCGUCAAGAAGUGAUUAUCAAAAUGGGAAAAUGUCUUGUAAGAACAGGUGCUCCAUCUCACAGAAUUGAAGCAGCCAUGGAAAAGGUCAGUAAACGUUUAGAAAUCGAUGGGAGUUAUGCUGUCUUGCCUGGGUUGAUUGUGGUUACAUUUGGAGAUGUUGAAACACAUACCUCGGAAACUCAUUUGAUUCGAUGUUCUCGAUCGUUGGAUAUCAACAAACUCGAAAGAUCAAAUUUGAUUGCACACAAACUCGCAAAAGGACAACUGGAUUUAAAUGAAGCCUCUACUUUGUUAGACAAUAUUAUUCAUGAACCCCCCACGUGGAGCCCUCUUAUGCUUAUUCUUGGUUACAUUGGAUCCUCUGCUUUUGUUGCACCGUUGUUCUUCAAUGGUUCUUGGACGGAUUGCUGGGUUAGUGCUAUUUUUGGUCUUUGUGUUGGUGUUUUGACUUAUAUUUCCGAAAAGAUGCCUAUGUUUGGUAAUGUGUUUGAAAUGGCUAUUACGAUCCCUAUUGCUAUUAUUACACUUGCAUUGCAUCCCUAUGUUUGUUUUGCUGCAAUUGCCUUGUCUGCUAUUGUGAUUGCACUUCCUGGUUACUCUUUAACGUGCUCUGUCAUGGAACUUGCUGCUAAAAACCUUGUUAGUGGUACAGUUCAUUUGGUAUAUGCUUUGAUGUAUGUCUUGUUCCUUGCUUUUGGUAUUGGUUAUGGAUGUUCUGUUUGGCGACUUGCUUAUCCAGAAUUUGAUAUCAACGUAUUGGGUACAUGCGAAGAUGGCAUCGAUCCUUACUGGACAUUUUUGUUAUUACCUCUUGCUAUUAUAGCUAUUGGUAUUGUAUACGGUGCUAGUUAUAGACAAUGGCCUAUGAUGAUUGCUGAUAGUGCUAUUGCUUAUGCUGUUUACUAUUUUGUGUCCAAAUAUGUGGGAUCAACCAAUGUGAUUGCACCGAGUGCUGGUGCAUUUGCUCUUGGUAUAGCAGGCAAUGUGUAUGCUCGAGUCACAAAAAGACAAGCAUUUGCACCCUUGAUGAGUGGCACACUUAUUCUAGUGCCUGGAAGUUUAGGUGUUCGAGGUGCUGUUCAUUUGUUUGAUGGGUCUAACAAUGGCAGUGGAAGUGAAUUUGUGUUUCAAAUUCUUGGUAUUGCCCUGUCUAUCACGCUAGGUUUGUUCUUGGCCAAUCUUGUUGUUUAUCCUACAGGCAAGAAAAGAUCUGUCUUCUUGGGCUUUUAAUUCUUUCUAUUAUACCCCUUUCCCUUCCUUUCUUUAUUUAGACUAUUUAGACUAUUCUCUUUAGAUACCAUUUCUAUUUUAUGCAAUGCAAAGAAACUUCGAUCCUGUUGCACACACACACACACAUAUAUAUAUAUAUAUAUAUUUAACAUGACUUGUAUCAAAAUAAACCAAAA